AUGGCCUCUAGUAACCAGAUGCUUACAAGAGCGGCUAAGACGCCCAAAGCCUUUGUGGAUGGGCCAGUACUCUUACCCAUCCCAAUACUCUGCGUCACCCACAUAUGGGACGCCUCUCAAUAUCAUCUCACAGGAAAUCUCUUCUGGAAUUCGGAUCCUCCUCCCAUCCCGCCUAUGCUGUGGCUCCCCAUGAUGCAUGCCAAAUGGGCCAUCCAAGCAUCACAAAAGGCGCGCUUAUUCGGGCCUCAACUUCAUCAUCUGGCUCUCGCUUCUCAACAUUGCAUCUAUCACCUCGCCAAACAGAUUUGCAGUGGCGACAAAAGCUCCAAUAUGAAUCUGUUAUUUAGUCAGGUAACCAUCCUUGUUGGGAUUGUCAAUAACCUGGACGACCACAUUGAAGCUGCCAAUAGUGGCCCAAAUCCAUCCAACCUACAGGACGAACUCGAUCGUAUCUUCAAUGAACUCUCCAAACUGAAGAUAGCAGGAGUAAGCAAGGUCGAGGCAUCACGGGGAGCGUUCCAAAAGAUGAGGCACGAGGACUCGGCUGCUAUUCAGGCGCGCAGAGAAGUACAGCGCAACAAGGUCACGUUAACGGGAUCACAAGAGGUAUCACAGGCUGAUAGUCGCACUGGAGAUCAUGAUACUGCCCAAACUAUUACAGACAAUCGUGAUAGUUCUUCCAUCCACCCAAAGAUGGUCCCUGCGCAGCCUACCAUUAGUGCCGUCCUCGACAAGUCACAAAUGCGUCGCGACAAGCUAAACGAGCCGGGGCCACUGAAGUCCUUACCCCGCGCAAGCCCCAAAGCAAUACUGGAACUCGUCAAAGACAAUGUCACUGGGUUCUCAACAGCCCUGAAGCUAUCGUUGGAAGCGAGAGAGAUAUGCUCCAGAUGUGCAUCUGAUGGCGCAAAGGCCAUGGAAGCGCUCUCGAGUGGCGGGUGUACCCUCGAUAAGAUUCGACAAGAAACAGAGCGCAUUCUAGAGGAUGUCUCAAAGGCGAGAAAGAAGCAAUCCCAGGUUAUGGAAUCCCUCGAGGUCAAUCGUAAAGGAAUACGCGAGGCUCUCGAAUCUCUGAAAGGGAGAAAGACGGAGAUUGAACGCGAGACGGCUGCGCAGAAAGUUCUUAGGGACCAAGCAGUGAAGAGGACGUUUGUCCUAUACAGCGGUAUGAAGGUGGAAGAUGCUGUCAACAAGAUCAAUGCGGUACUUCUCAUGCUCAAAGAUCUAGAGGACAGUCUCGGCGAGCUCACGUCGUGGUGGGGAAGGAUAUACCCGAUAUUCGAGUCGAUUGAAGCACGCCUUGAAAUCAUAAUUCGGAAGGAGUACAGGUCGACGGACAUUGAGAAGCUCAGCAAAUCAUUCACAGACGUUAGGAAGGAGUAUCAAGCAUGCAUGGACGAGACCAAGGCAUUCUAA